UUAUUUAAGGUUCUCUUUCUUGUGCUUAACCAAAAACACAAUUACCAAAUUAAUCCCUCAAUUAUAUCUAAAAUCAAACUGCAUUUGGUGAAUAAGAAUAGGAAUGGGAAGAAAACCAUGUUGUUCUAAAGAAGGUCUGAGAAAAGGUACAUGGACUGCAAAAGAAGAUAAACUACUUACUGAUUAUAUUAAAGAACAUGGAGAAGUUGGAUGGAGAUCUCUUCCUAUAAAAGCUGGGCUACUCAGGUGUGGCAAAAGUUGUAGAUUAAGAUGGGUAAAUUAUCUUAAGCCAGGAAUCAAGAGAGGUAAUUUUACACCUGAAGAAGAAGAUCUUAUUAUCAGACUUUAUAAUCUUCUAGGAAGUCGUUGGUCUCUUAUUGCUGGAAGAAUACCUGGUCGAACAGAUAACGACAUAAAGAAUUAUUGGAACACACAUCUUCUCAAGAAACUCAAAUCUCAAGGACUUGAGCCAAAAAGACAUAAAUCUCUUGCAAAACACAUGAGAAGACCAAAACACAAAGCAAAUGUUUCUUCCCAAAAUAAUCAAAAAAGUAACAAGGAAAAAAAAAAGAGAAAGAAGCAGGUCAAGAUUGAAAAAAAUUGUAACAUUAUUGAAGACAAAGAACAAGUAGCUAAGAAGACAGAGAAUCAGUGGCAUACGCAGGACUUUGCACAAAAGAUAUCAGCUAAUAAUCACGAUAUCACUUGUUCUUCAAGCAGUAACACUGCUACUCUUCAAGAUGGCAUAAGUAGUAGGGCUGCCUCUACUAGUGAAGUUGUUAAUUGCAAUAAUGUCCAUUGUUCAUCUUCUGGCCAAAAUGUUGAAGAAAAUGACAAUGAAAUUUAUGAGAAGCUUCAGGUGAUUGAUGAAUUACUCCUGAAUGAUAAUUGCCUUCCACCAACUGAAUGCACAGAGUUCAAUAGUGAAAGCCAAAUGCUGUUGAUGGAGAACGUCUAUGAAGAGUAUUUUCAACUUGUUUCUGAAAAUUCAUAUCAUUUUCAAGAUUAUGCACAUUCUUUUGUCGGUUUUAGUCAAGAUGACCUUUGACGUCAGAGGCGGAUCUAGGAUUUUAGUUUUAUGGGUUCAACAUUUAAAGUUAUGAGUUCAUAUCUACUAUUUAUUGUGAUUUUUUACAUAUUAAUUUAUGCUUCGCGUCGAAAAUAAUGGGUUCCGUUGAACUCGAUAGUUCUAUGCAGCAUCUGCCCCUGUUUGAGGUCCUAAUGAGACAUGCAUAUUUAUUCAAUGAAUAAAUUUUGAGGAAUU